UAUAAAGCUUGAAACUCAAAUUUAUGUCAUUAUUUCCUGACUUCAGUCCUUGGUAAUUUGCCAAUGACUUGUCCAAAAAACACAAUUUUUGGAGAAAAAUAUGAGGCUAACAUCUUGACAUUCUGUGAAAAUCUGGACAGUUCAGAGGUAUGCUAGGAAUGUUUUCCGAGAUUAUUUUAUGCUCUUCUGUUGCUUGUUUUUCUACUCUCCCAGCCUGCUGGGAGAAAGAUCAGAUAAACUGAACCCCUUCAUUAGAUUUAGGAGAUGCAUGCUUAUCCUAUCAAUUUAUCUAAAAGGGACUCUUUCUUGGAGAUACCCUCCUUUUCUCCCAUAUGCAUAUGCAUUACUUGUUAACAAUUUGUUAUCUCCAUGAAGUCUUGAUCUGUGGAAUCCGUGACCAAUAGUUAAUGGGUAGUCUGGUGAGCUAGUGACUUUUGUGGUUGAUUGACAUUUUGGCACGUUUUGACACUGUGAAUUGGUGGAUUGUGAUUGGUUGCCUGGGUGAGUGGGUGUACCUCAGUAUAGGAUGCAUCAAAGAGGAUUUGCUCAUGGAUUUAUAUUCAGGAACAUCCGUUUCCGCCUUUAACGUGUCCAUGCAGGUGUCAUAGGGUUGUAUCUGCUUGCUAAACCCCAUUACCUCUGACAUGUACAUGAUCUGCCAGUGCCAGACCCAGUGGUUAUUUAGUGAAUUGAUGUAAGAAUUUGUACUCUGCGAAAGUGAAAUGCAAGAAAGCAGUGAUCCUGUUAUGAACAGCCAAAAUGCAAACACGGAUGGAAAACCAGCUCCUGAAGGGGCUGACUGUUGCCUUAACCAGGAAGAAAAUCUUGUAACUAUUGGUGCUACAGUUCCUACUGGAUUUGAAUACACAGCCUCUGAUGAAGUAAAAGAAAAAUUAGGUGUGAAAUGCAGAGUAAGCAAAGACAGAGGAAGGAUAUAUUUUGAUAUUCCUGUAGAUGUCCUUCCACAGGUCCAUCAACUGAGAUCGCUGGAUAACUUAUUUGUUGUUGUUCAAGAGUUUCUACAUUAUCACUUUGAAGAAACCAAAGAAGCUACUUUGCAAGGUUUCAUGCAGCUUGCCUCUCAGCUUCCUUGGGAAGGAGCAUUGCAGGUGUGGAGGAUGAAUAAUACCUUAAAGAAGAGGUCACGCCACAAGAAGUCCCGGCAGCAGUGCAGUGCUAAUGAGGAGAAGCCAAAUGAUGCUGAAAACCUACACAUAGAUAGUUUGAGUCUGGCAGACUCAAGUGAUCGCAUGUGCAAUUUGGAUAUUCCUGAGACCCCUAAUAUUUUAUCUUCUGAUAUACCACCAAAGUGUGAUUUUUCUUGUACUGAACAUUUGGCUGCUAAAGAGGCAGCCCCGCUUUCAGAAAGAAAAGGAGAAGAACAUGAUUCUGUUGCAGAUAGUGAUUCAGCCUCAUUAUUAAAGUUUCGUGUGACCUGCAGCCGAGCUGGAGAAAAACACAACUUUACAUCAAAUGAUGCUGCUCGUGAUUUUGGUGGAGCCAUCCAAGAUCUUUUCCAUUGGAAAGCAGAUAUGACAAAGUUUGACAUUGAGGUUCUGCUAAACAUUCAUCAGAAUGAGGUGGUUGUAGGCAUAGCACUAACUGAGGAGAGCCUUCACAGAAGAAAUAUAACCCAUUUUGGCCCUACCACUCUUCGAUCUACACUUGCGUAUGGAAUGCUCAGGUUAUGCAAUCCUCAGCCAGCUGAUAUUAUUAUUGACCCAAUGUGUGGAACUGGUGCUAUUCCCAUAGAGGGAGCAAUGGAAUGGCCAAAUUCUUUCCAUUUAGCUGGGGAUAACAAUGGAAUGGCAGUAAACAGAGCUGCAAACAAUUUUUUUUCAAUUCAGAAGAAACGACAGGACAAAGGAAGAAUUUCUUGUGGUAUUGCGGCAGAUGUUGCUCAAUGGGAUAUUUGUAACAUACCUUUGAAAACAGGCUCAGUAGAUGCUAUUGUCACAGAUAUGCCCUUUGGAAAGAGGAUGGGAUCACGGAAGACUAACUGGGACCUCUAUCCAACAUGUCUGAAGGAAAUGGGACGUAUUUGUAGACCUGGCAGUGGAAGGGCUGUUCUACUGACUCAAGACAAGAAAUGUUUUAUUAAGGCCAUAUCUAAAUUAAGAUAUCUGUGGUGCAAAUCGCAUACAUGUUGGGUGAACGUAGGAGGACUCCAUGCAGCAGUUUAUCUUCUAAAACGGACUAACACUUCCUUUGAGAAAUCUGAACAUGUAGAUAAUAGUGAACCAGCAGCUGAUGUUUGCAAUGAUGAAUGAACAAUUCAUCAGUGAGGCAUUCUCAUAUUUCGUAGAAGGCAGAUUGUGUUUGUUUUGUGGGACAUCCUCCUUUAAUAUGCUGAAAAGAGUAAAUGAAAAGUGUAAUGUCUUCAUAGCUGAAUAAUGUCAUGUUAUACCUCAGCUCAGCCAAAAGCCAGACUUGCAUUUUGCAUAUGAAGUUGUUUGACCUUUCUAGUCAGGCUGGUUCAAAGUGUUCUAAGUAUGAAUGUGCAUUGUAAAUGUAAACUACUUGGAAAAAUGCUCUUCUUUCACAUUUUUGUAAACCAGUUUCUAGUUCCUUGGCAGGGGAUGCAGUUCAUGUGAACAUUUCUGGGGAAUUUCAUUUAUACUAAUAUUCAAAAUGUUUGCUUAAUAAUUUUGAUUAUUCUGUGUUUGGUCCUUAUUUUUAUUUACAGUAAGGUCAGGCACACUUAGUAGUAAUUGGUAGGAAUCAAUCAUGGAAGGCUUAAGCAGCAUGAAUCUUAAGGGGUGUCGGGUCUGGGUCCGUGACAUACAAUGAUUGAUCCCUGACUAUAACCCAGGUGACCUGUGCUCAUCUAGUGACUCUGGUACAGGGGGAAGUGAGCAGGGCGGCUUGGAAUGAGUGACAGAUGCCGACCUGCUCAUCACUGAGGGACAGGUAGUAGUUUGGACUGUUGCAGUGCCGUCGCCUACUGGAGAGAGAUAGAGAUGUACAUAAUGCAGCGUGUGAGCUUGUAUGUGUUUGCAUAAGCUCUGAGUUGUAUAAACAGGUGGAAUGGCAUCUGCAUAAACAUCUAUGGCACUUUACGGUGCAAAUGAUUGCAGAAGACAUAGCUAGCGCAUGGAGAGAGUUAGGUACAUUUUAAAAAAUACUCCGCAGUAUAUGUUGGCACUAAUCUCAGAAUCUUGUUUCUAAGGGGAGCAUAUAGGCUAAAGGUGUGUCACUCCCUGAGGGUAAUGAAUGGCUGAUGGCUCCCACCCCCAAAGAGGAAUAAAUGGGUAUGUAUGAUAGCCAAGGAGGAGGUUUGAUGGUCUUAUAAGGUAGGGGCCCAAAAUAAUUUAACAAAAAAAAAAAAAAAAAAAAAGAACAUACUUUUUUCUGGUAACGGAUUUUUUUUUUUCCACAAAAUCUAAUUUUUGUAAGAAGUUGUACGCAUUUGAAAAUGUUCUCUUAAACAAAAGAAACAGUUAACAGAAUCUUUGUUGAAUGGUUUGACUUUUAAUGACAAAAAUGUAUAUUCACUGAUUUACACAUGUGCAAGUUAUAAGCUGUGGUAGUUGAUAUAGCUAGUACAUUCAUGCAAAUGGCAUUUGAGUUAAUUUGGGGUGAAAAUCCAGUAUACACCGAUUGCUUUUGAAGUAAAAAUAGUGACAUUAAUAAUGGAAACAAUUCAGGGACUACUGAAGUAGAAUUGUAAGUAGUGCCAUAUUUGCACUAAAUGCUAUACUUUUGUGUUUUCUUAUGUUAAUGGUUUUAAUUUAUGUUGUUUGAGUUCAGAAUAAAAUGCUAUUUGGUGAUGAGCAGUGCUGGUUCUAAAGCUCAUUUUGUUUCAGUAGAAGCAGGCUUUUUAGAAGUAAAUUGUUAUGUAAGAUUUGAAUGAGUUUUUUUUUAGUUAUGUAUAUUUUUUAAAAGAACCAUAAAGUGUAUAAAGGCAUUUUGUGCCCCUUUUGAGAGCUUCUUAUGUUCCUCCCCAAUGGUGUCACUGCCUGCAGCCUCUUAGGCUAUUCAUUCCUGUCUGGGAAUCCAAAUUGACCAACCUGUUCCCCAAUGGCAAGGGUCUGGUGGUAGGAAGCAGGCCAGCUUGCUAAUCCUUAUAGGCAGCCUUACCUCUCCCUAGAUGGAACCUCCCCGGCUCUUCUGAGCUCUAAUAUUUAUUGCCUUCCAAGGGAAGGCAUGCCUCUGUAUGCUGAAUUCCCCUAGCAUGUAGUGUGAUUGCAUUUUGCCAGCAUGUGCUUAAUGUGCUAGAACUCCACUGGCUCCUUGUCAGGACAGAAUCACCUCCCUCCCCCUUGGAUUGGCGAGCCAGCUACAGAUAUUUACUCUCAGUUUCCCUUGCCAGCUCCUACAGGUGGUGAAGAUGCUACUCAAACCCAGGCUGCCUGUGAUGUGGGGCUAGCUUCUUAAGCUGAUCAACUAGCGUUAAUCACUUUUGUAGCCUAGAUCUCUGGUUGAUCGAGACAAAAACAACACUAGGCAGGUACUACUUUAUCAAAUAUAAAUUAAAUUUCUGUUAAUAGGCCUUUCAUAUCUGGAAUCACUUUUUAGUCCUUCUGUAAGAAGAAAAUGAAUGAGUCGCGUUAUAGAUCUGUUUGGAAUCUUGUAAUAUGGGAAGAGCAAUUUUACAAAAUAUGUAUAGUUUGUGUAGUUAAAUAUUUGGAUUCGUUAUCUUUUUUUUUUUGUUUAACAGUAUACACUGUCUGAACAAUGCUAUCUUAUUUUUAGCUUGAUUGAUGUACCCUGUGAAGACAUGCAACAAGAUUUAUUAAUUUAAAGCUCAAACUCAAGUUUGGUUUAAAAUUAAGAUGCUUAAAGUAUAUAUAGAAGAAAACUGAAAGAAGCAGCAUCUAUAUCUGAAAUGAUUUGUUUUAUCGAGUAGUUCACUGUUAAGUUUUUGCACCUGUAAUUGGUUUUCAGCCUUGUUUGAUUUUUAUUACUUUUUUCGUGAAUUUCAUCAACUAAUUUAUUUUAGCUUGUUUUUUUAUGUUAAGCAAAGUAUCAGAAAUUAGAUGCAGACGUACUUUGAUUCUGAAAUACUGAAGUUGCACUGUUAUGUGGUUGAUUAAAAAUCUAGGUAAACGUUUUGCAAUUGUAAGUAGCCUGAACUGGUACUGUAUUUGCAGGAGUAAUUUGGCACUUUAUACUCAAUAAUCAUAAUAAUAAUAAAGCGUGUUACCUUCAUCUGAA